AACAAGCGUUGUUUUAUACCCUCUGCAGACUAUCAGGUACUGAUGGAUGUUUCUGACAGCCCUGAGCGAAACCCCUGCUCUCCUGAUGAAGAGGAGCAGCAGCAUUCCAAUGAUGAAGUCCUGAAGGAGAGUUAUUCAGAUCGGGAACUUGAUGGAGAGGGUGGGCAAGGCAGCAUUAUGGGAGAGGAGGAGGAUGCAACCAGGGGACUGAGUCAUGGUGAAGAGGAGAACCACUCAGAUGAAGAGGACCGCUUAAGUGAAACUAAGUCUCAGGAAUCUAACAACAAGCAGAGUGGGGAACUGAAGAGCCCUCUGCUUUGCAAAGGAGAGGAGGAAGACCAGACAAAUGACCUUGGUGAUGAAGCAUCCUCUGUCACCCGUGACCUAGAUGAGCAUGAGUUGGACUAUGAUGAGGAUGUUCUUGAGGAACCAAGUGCUGCUGCUGUAGAGGAGGAUGGUGAGAAAGCUGCUGGCGAGGAUGACAAGGAAGAGGAGAAAGGAGAUGAUGCCCAUGAAGAUGAGAAAAAAUCCAGCAGCAAAAGUGGUGAUGAAAAGGAUGGCCAGGAUCCCCUCAAGGAGAAGAAGAAAGAUGAUGAUGGAGAAAUGGAUGAUGGAGAAAUUGAUGAUGAUGACUUAGAAGAAGGAGAAGUUAAAGACCCCAGCGACAGAAAAGUGAGGCCACGUCCCACCUGCCGAUUCUUCAUGAAAGGUCACUGUACUUGGGGCAUGAACUGUCGAUUUAUUCACCCUGGUGUGAAUGACAAAGGAAACUACUCCUUGAUCUCCAAGCCUGAGCCCUUCUCCCCAAAUGGCGCUCCUCCCAUUGGCCCUCACCCACUGAUGCCAGCCAACCCUUGGGGAGGGCCAGUCGUUGAUGAAAUCUUACCUCCACCCCCUCCAGAACCUCCAACAGAAAGUGCCUGGGAGAGAGGACUCCGGCACGCUAAAGAGGUAUUAAAAAAGGCGACUAUGAGAAAAGAACAGGAGCCUGACUUUGAGGAGAAGAGGUUCACUGUGACUAUUGGAGAAGACGAGAGUGAAUUUGACAAAGAAAAUGAGUUAUUUCGCGACUGGAAUUACUGCAUCACCAGAGACGUCAGAGAUCCAGCGUAAGAUGCAGUCUUGGUUUUGCUAUAUGGAAUAGAUGGGGGGAAAUGUAGUACAGGAUGGCAGUCUUCAGUGAACUUAUUCCUCCAAAUUAGAGGAAUGCUCACCUCAGAAAAUGGAAACAACUUCAGUUAAGCAGUAUGUACACCAGUUAAAAACUUGAUCUGCCUCUGCUCACUCCAGUUCAACACUACCUUCCUGUAUAAUUGUCGCUAAACCUUUCUGCCUUCAAUGUCAUUGGUACACAGGUCCUUCAAGGACACUGUCUAGUUGUGCACUGCCUGUGUCACACCAAUGCAUUCUUCCAACUGUUUUUCCCUCUUGUUUUUCUUAUUCCAACCCAUGAGAGUUUUAAAAUGCUAAAGCUGAGGCUGCAAAGCUGGAAUAUGCUCAAGGUCCAAGAGCUUCAGGGCAGCAGUUGUACUGUCUUGACCAGCUGGGUGUUUAUUUGCAAGGGCAUUGGCACAGCAGCUGGUCUUAAACAUCUUGACCAGUCUCAGAUAUACUGCUGAGUAAGACAGUGGUCAGAAAGCAAUUCUGUUAUCUGCCAGGGCAUAGCCUGGACCAAACAAACAUACUAAACUUAAGUGUCUAGGUGAUUGUUUUUUUUAAGGAGGUGAAAUAUAAAUUGUUGGAGACAUUCCUGUUACACACUCCUGUUGCAACUGAAAGCAGGUAGGAGAAGGCAGAAGGGUGAAUCAGUCAGCUCUGGGAAACUUGCUUAGUGCUUCUUGAGCCAAGAAAUCAAAUGGAAAAAGAUUUUUUUGAGAGAGGGGCUUGUAUUCUGCAGGAAUACAGGUGAGUCUCUUUCUCUUGAUCUUAUAUCUUCUGUUCUUCCUACACAUACAGACUAUGGAAAUAUUUCCACUCAGAAGUGUUUGCAAGGCUUGGUUGUGUCUAUUUUAGAGUGAGUGAAUUACGAAAAAACCCAAAGCCUCUGAAAAUGAAUAAGGAAUGGGUUAAGCUUUUGUUCUUCGAUUUGCUGUGGAGUGCAGUUUUUUCACCCAUUUAAAAAAAGAAGCUCUGUACUCAGUUCUGCAGCCUGAAACAAAACAGUUGCUCUAUAUUAUUUUUUCCCUGGGUUAGAAAUAGAUCCGUAUCUUGAUCUUCUGUUCCUCUGAGAAGGCUUUCAAUUGCACCUGACACAGAUCACCAGUGCUCUGUGGAUCUUUAUGACUGUAUAUGGAAACUAGCAUCAGUGUUCCAGUAGUUCUGUGCCACUGCCUUACUAAUGUAGGAAUUGUGUUAGGUACAGGACUUCCUGUUUUCAUAUAGUCAAGAAAAAACUUUUGCAUGUUGCCAG